CUAAUUAACUACAGUUAAAUAUUAACUAGACAUCGCUUAAGAGCUUAAAACCCAAACCUCGUAAUCUAGAAAAACACCCUAAAUCGAAAUCAGAGAGGAACCCUAUAAUUCAAUAUGAUCAAGUGAAAUCCAGAAAAAUCAAGAAAUAUGAGUUACAAUGACGAGAAAAUCACCAUGUACAUUCACUAUGGAGGUUUAUUGUCGAAGAAAGGGAAGAAUAUAUGUUAUAAAGGUGGUUCGACUGCACCAAAUAUGCUGGUAGAUCCAGAUUUGCUGACAUUCUCAAUUUUUGAAGAUUUCACAAAUAAUCGAGAAACUAUUAGCAAUGUGGAGAAGGUAUGGUAUAGACUACUUAACGAUGGCUGUAGAGGCAAAAGAUUGUGGAGAGGUUUACAUCUACGUUGAACAUAGUGUUUCUCCACCAAAUGUUAUUAAUGAUGCGAAUUUGGUGACUGGAGCAUGUUUGGAUGAUGGUGAAAAGGCUGAUGAUGAAGGCGAUAAUGAGGAAGAUGACAUAGAUGAAGAAGAAAGUGAUGGUGAAAAUAGAGAGGAAGAAAGUGAUGAAGAAGAGAGAGAUGAAGAAUGUCAAAAAGAAGACCAAGAGGAAGAAGUAGCUGAGGAUGAGAAUCAGAUAUUACCUGAAGGAGCUGCUGAUACACGGUUUGCAGAUUUGUUUGCAGAAGCUGAACAACAGACUACUACAGUUCAUGGUGUGGCUACUCAGCCUAAUAUAGAUGAUGAAAAUGGAUAUGAUAGUGAAAUUGAGGCUGAGGUACACCUUCCUCCUGGUGAGUAUCCAGGUUCUGCGGAAGACACUGAUGAAGAAUGGACAAAUUGGCAUAAGAAGGAUGACUAUGGAAGGUCAUUGAAAGGAAAAAGUAAAGCAGGUUAUGGAAAACCUCCAUACUUAUGGCUGAUGCAGACGUUUAGCAAUGGGGAUGAGUUCAAAGAUCAGUUAUUGAUGUAUGUUUUGAAAACACAGUUUGAUGUGAAGUUGAAUAAGUGGCAUCCUGAGAGGCUUGCAGCCAUAUGCACACACGAGAAAUGUAAUUGGAGGAUCUAUUGCUCCAUAGAGAAACCUAUACGGAAGUGGAUGGUCAAAGUUUAUGAAGAGAAACACAAUCAUUUGCCCACAUGAAGAGCUAGGAUGCUAAAACAGGGAACUAUUGCAAGGUUGUUCAAAGAGGAAGUAAGAAGACGACCUGACAUAAGGAGCUCUGAUAUUAAGGAUGAGUUGAUGUACAGGUUUAACAUCUCAGUUUCAAUAUAUAAGUGCAGAAAAGCAAGAAGGAUUUCAUUAGAUAUGGUGUUAGAUACUCAGAAACAACAGUUUGCUAAAUUAUGGGAUUAUGGGAAUGAGUUGAGGAGUACUAACAAAGAUGUUACAACAAUGAUUUUGACUGUUGAAAAGGAUGGAAGACAAGUCUUUGAAAGCUUCUAUGUUUGCUUUCAACCUAUAAGGAGAACUUGGAAGCAGUAUUGUAGGCCUUUGAUAGGCCUGGAUGAUGCUUUCUUAAAGUGGGAGUUGAAAGGAGAAAUAUUAGCAGUAGUUGUGAUGCAGGAGCAUAAUCGUUAGGAUUUUAGUUAAUUUAGCUUUUCUUUAUUAAUUCUUAAUUAUGUUAAUUUCUAUUGGUUUUCCUUUCUAGGUUAGGGUUUAGCUAGUUUUGUUUUACUAUAUAAACAACUUUAGUUGUAACCUAAGGGGCAAUCAUAUUAUUCUUAUCAAUAAAGUUUUAAAGUUUAUCUCUUUUAUCUUUUCAGGUGGAUUCCAGAACCCCUUUUCUGGUGGAUUCCAGAGUUUUAUCCUUCGAGUUUGUCGUUUACAAACUCGUUUUUGAACUAGGUUUAGCGCUUGCUUUACCUAGGAUUUUCUGCUGCAUUAUUUGGUAUCAGGGCAGGCUUGCUCCUGUUUCUUUUUCAAAGCUUGAUCAGCUAUGGGGGAUCAAUCUGUGACCAAAGCAGACUUUCAGGGUUUUACGGAGGCUAUUACCACGGUCCUAACUGCUUUGACUGACCAGAUGGCGACUAUGACAACAGGGAUGACGAAUCUAACAAUUGAGAUCAGAAACGGCAUCAUCAACGCAAAUCAACGAAGAGGUAGAGGAGAAGAAUCAAUUAAGGUUAGAAAAAGUGAAGAUGUUAUUGGAAAUCAAUUGAGAUUGUUAAUCAACAAGAUUAGCUUUCCACAAAGAGAAUACAAUUGUGUGAUUGUUGAGAAUUCGAUUUCUAAGGAAGAAGAAUCUAUAGAGAAAGAGAUAGUCGAUCACCAGAGCAUAAUUGUUGGUGAAGAACUCAUGCAUGAUGAGAUCUGUGUAGAAUUCGGAUCUGAUAAAAUCCAUGCAGAAUUCGGGCCAGAUGAAAUCCUUGCAAACUCUAUGAUCAGUUGGACAAUCCUACAAGACGGGAGUGGUGCAAAUUUCGGGUUUGAUUCAUUCUGUGGAGAUUUUUGGCAUAAUUCCUUUUGUGAAAAGUUAAGGCAAGAUAUGCAUGGUUACGUAAGUAAAGUUUCUAAAAAGUCAAGCAAUGCAUGUGAGGUGAAGCUAUAUGAGUUUUUCAUAAAAACUAAUGGGAUAAUUCGUGCUGCAAAAGAGAAGAUACCAUCGUUAGAGGAAGCGCCAGAGAUUUUAACUAGAGGACGAGUUUUCUUGGAAGUGGAAGAGUCUGAUGCAGGAGCAUAAUCGUUAGGAUUUUAAUUAAUUUAGCUUUUCUUUAUUAAUUCUUAAUUAUGUUAAUUUCCAUUGGUUUUCCUUUCUAGGUUAGGGUUUAGCUAGUUUUGUUUUACUAUAUAAACAACUUUAGUUGUAACCUAAGGGGCAAUCAUAUUAUUCUUAUCAAUAAAGUUUUAGAGUUUAUCUCUUUUAUCUUUUCUGGUGGAUUCCAGAACCCCUUUUCUGGUGGAUUCCAGAGUUUUAUUCUUCGAGUUUGCAAGCUGCAAACUCGUUUUUGAACUAGGUUUAGCGCUUGCUUUACCUAGGAUUUUCCGCUGCAUUAAGUUGGUAGGGAUGCAGAAAAUAGGAUUUAUCCUAUUGCUUUGGCUGUUGUAAGAGGUGAGAACAAGGAUUCUUGGACUUGGUUUGUUAAAAAGUUGGUCGAUGACUUAAACUUGGGUGUAGGAGAUGGAGUUAUCUUUAUAUCUGACAAACAGAAGGGUUUAAAAGUAGCUCUGGCAGCUGUUCUCCCAAAUGCUGAGCAUAGAAAUUGUGCAAAGCAUGUAUAUGGUAACUGGUCAAAGAAAUAUGGAGAUCUUGAGUACAAACCCUUUUUAUGGAAUGUGACUACAAAACAGUUGGAGAAUAUGGUUUGCGUAUGGAAGAGCUGCGUGUAUACGACAUAGAUGCACAUGAUGCUUUGUUGGCUGCUGAACCAAAGACUUGGUGUUUAGCUUUCUUCUCCAACAACGCCAGAUCUGCUAAUGUUUGUAACAGUUUGUUAGAGAGCUUCAAUAGGACUAAUAGAAGAGCUAGGGAAUUGCCUUUGAUUAACAUGCUGGAAACAAUUAGGAGGCAGGCUAUGAUGCGUAUUUCUCGCAGAUAUAAGAAAGCAAUUGGGUGCAUAUUUCCUUUCCCUAAGAAGAUUGCAGAUUUAGUGGAAGUAAAUAGAGAAGAGAGCCGAGAUUGUUAUGUUCUUACAAGUUCAGAUAACUUGUUUGAAGUGCUUCUACACGGUUGUGGCUAUGAGGUUAGUCUUCGGCUGCGUCAUUGUGUUUGUAGGGGAUGGGACCUAACUGACAUUCCUUGCUCACACGAAAUCAAAGUUAUCAACGAAAACCACCAAAAACCAGAAAACCAUGUCGAUCAUUAUUACAAGACUGAAGUUUGGAUAGAAAACUUUAGGAACAAACAUCAAACCAGUUAAUGGAGAAAAAUUUUGGGAAACAACUGGUAAACCACCAAUUGGAGUUCCAGGUUUUAGAAAAAUGCCACGAAGACCUAAGAAAAACAGGAUAAAGGCAGCACAUGAGUGUCCUUCCAAUCCAAAAAGAGUGACUAGAGAUGGCAGGAUAGUAACAUGUGGUAAUUGUAAGAAGGUAGGACAU